CGAGCCCCAGAGAGGCUGCAGGCUGAGUAGCCAGAACCAUGGAGCAGCUAAAGCUGAACGCGAGCAUGCAGGGAUCCGGACCCGGGCCAGGCGCUCCCCUGUGCAGCCCAGGGGGACCCCCCUUCAACAGCAGCGGGACCGGCAACCUCAGCUGCGAGUCUCCUCGCCUCCGCGGAGCUGGGACACGAGAACUGGAGCUGGCCGUCAGGAUCACUCUUUAUGCAGUGAUCUUUUUGAUGAGUGUGGGAGGAAAUGUGCUCAUCAUCAUUGUCUUGGGACUGAGCCGCCGACUGAGGACAGUCACCAACGCCUUCCUGCUCUCGCUGGCAGUCAGUGACCUUCUGCUGGCGGUGGCCUGCAUGCCCUUCACCCUCCUGCCUAAUCUCAUGGGCACAUUCAUCUUUGGCACAGUUGUCUGCAAGGCGGUUUCCUACCUCAUGGGGGUGUCUGUGAGUGUGUCCACACUGAACCUAGUGGCCAUUGCCCUGGAGCGCUAUAGCGCCAUCUGCCGACCAUUGCAAGCACGUGUGUGGCAGACUCGCUCCCACGCUGCUCGAGUGAUCGUGGCUACGUGGAUGCUGUCGGGGCUGAUCAUGGUACCAUACCCGGUGUACUCCACUGUGCAGCCAACUGGCCCCAGAGUGCUGCAAUGCAUGCACCGCUGGCCCAGUGCACGGAUUCGCCAGACCUGGUCGGUCCUGCUGCUCCUGUUCCUGUUCUUCAUCCCGGGUGUGGUGAUGGCUGUGGCCUAUGGGCUUAUCUCCCGUGAGCUCUAUCUGGGGCUCCGUUUUGACAGCAACAGUGACAGAGAGAAGCAGAGCCGAGUCGGAAAACAAGAAAGCCUCACAGGUCCUGAGCAAGUGAACGGGCGCUGCCCGUCCUCGGCUGGUGAGGACGGAGACGGCUGUUACGUGCAGCUCCCACGCUCGCGGCCUGCAUUGGAGCUGUCAGCCCUGACGGCACCCGCUUCUGCAGCAGGAUCAUCGGGCACCCGGCCCACGCAGGCCAAGCUCUUAGCUAAGAAGCGGGUGGUGCGGAUGUUGCUCGUGAUCGUGAUGCUCUUUUUCCUGUGUUGGUUGCCAGUUUACAGCGCCAACACCUGGCGCGCCUUCGACGGCCCCGGUGCCCACCGCGCCCUUUCUGGCGCGCCCAUCUCUUUCAUCCACUUGCUCAGCUAUGCUUCGGCCUGUGUCAACCCUCUAGUCUACUGCUUCAUGCACCGUCGCUUUCGCCAGGCCUGUUUGGAAGCCUGUGCCCGCUGCUGCCCCCGACCCCCACGAGCACGCCCCAGGCUGCUUCCAGAUGAGGACCCUCCUACGCCCUCCAUUGCUUCCCUGUCCAGGCUGAGCUACACCACUAUAAGCACCCUGGGCCCCGGCUGAGCCGCAGAGGGAAAAAUGACUAAGUGAAAUGUGACUAAGGCAGGACUGAUGAUUCUAAACAUAGACCCAUGCAGACCCACAAUAACACACACCCAAGCUGAAACAACACAUUGACAUCCAAACAGCUAGACUUUUUAUGCAGAAAAGUGGUUUAUUUGACCAAGAAAACAAACUGGACCCAUACAAGCACAUAAGACAUGCUAUUACUCUGGAACUGGACACAAAAAUAUAGCACUGACCAUGGACAUACUCAGACAAUGUGUUUCCAGCUGCAUGCUGUCACUACAGAGUGGAAAACUGUCAGUGAAGAGUUCGGACACUGAUUCUGUUAGGGCUCUGGAAUCCCGCAUUGGACUAAGCUCUGAGAUGCCACAGUUUGUCCCCAGUCUGACCUCAUAGUGCCCUUCCCAAUCAGCACUGAAGCACCAGGCAGCCUAAUCUCAAUAACAGGCUAUUUUGCACUGAAAGUUCCCCCCCCCCUUUUUUUUUUCCCUGUUAAAUACUGUGAUUCUACCCUGUCCUCCUUCAUUCAACUUCUUCAAGAACUAAUAAAUGGCUAGUUUAUCCUAAA